UUCGUCUCCUGUAUAUGUUGGGUGCAGAGCUUAGAAACAACACACAAACGUCCAUGAAAGUCAUAUUGGAAUAAUGGAACGAGACAGGUCAAAACCAAUCCCCUGUGUUAUGGUUUAUACCAUUUUGAUGCUUGCUUUAGCAUUAAAUGUCUAUGCUGAGGAGGGGACAAUUGUAGAAACUAAACAAGGCAAAGUCAAAGGUUAUCAACUACAUUCUGGAUCAGUCAUUGCCUAUCUAGGAAUACCUUAUGGAGAGCCCCCAACAGGAACACAUAGGUUCAAAAAGCCAGAGCCUCGAAAACCAUGGGAAGGUGUUUAUGAUGCUUCAAAAUUUGGUAAAUCAUGUUAUCAAAAAAGAGAUGAAGCUUUUGCGAGUUUUCCUGGUACAAACAUGUGGCAAGUCAACAAUGAAAUGAGUGAAGAUUGUCUAUAUUUAAAUGUCUGGGUUCCAUCUUCUAAGCCAAAGUCUGCACAGGUAAUGGUAUUUAUCUACGGUGGAGCUUUCCUUGCCGGAACUUCAUCACUGGAGGUAUAUGACCCAAGUAUUCUUGCUUUCUCUGAGGACAUUAUUUUGGUGUCGAUGAACUACAGAGUUGGGGCCCUUGGUUUUUUGGCAUUACCAGGUAAUAAGGAUAUACCAGGAAAUGCCGGCAUGUUCGAUCAACAAUUAGCUCUUCAAUGGGUUCAUGAAAACAUUGCAGCUUUUGGGGGGAAUCCUGACAGUGUUACCUUGUUUGGACAUAGUUCUGGGGCAGCAUGUGUAGGCCUUCAUUUACUUUCUCCUGGAAGCCAACAUUUCUUUAACAGGGCUAUUAUGCAAAGUGGUUCUGUUAGUGCUGGAUGGGCAAUAAGUACCCAUAAAAGAGCUAAGAGACUGACUCUGAAACUAGCGGAGCUUUUGGCAUGUCCAGUUGAUGAUGAGGAUGCACUGGCGGCAUGUCUUCAAAAUACAGAUCCUACAAAAAUAGUCGAGAAGCAAUUUUUUGUUGAGAUAGUUCACCCUUUUGCUCUCACACGCAUUAUACCAGUUAUUGAUUUUGACUUUAUUAGUGAUAUGCCAAAUAAUGCUUUAAAACAAACGUUAAAGAAAACUGAAAUUUUAAUAGGUGGAACCAAGGAUGAUGGAAAUCCUUUUACCAUAUGGGGGGCACCUGGUUUUAGAAGAGAACAUGACAGUCUUAUAAACACAGAACAACUAAUACAAGGAAUUACCAGGUUCUUCCCGACAGCUGGAGACAUUGGAACUGAAGUCAUUUUAUUUGAGUAUAAAGAUUGGGAGGAUGAACAGAGCAUGGAGAAAAACAGAGAAGCCAUGGAGCUUAUAUUACGAGACUAUUACAUGAUUUGUCCAAUGAAAUAUUUCACUGAUGAAAUGGUAAAACAUAAAACAAAUGUAUAUUUUUAUGAAUUUAACCAUCGGUCCUCCCAAGAAAUUUGGCCAGAAUGGAUGGGCGUUCUUCACGGUGCUAUCCUACCGUUUAUGUUCGGAAAACCGCUUAGUAAAGGAAGCAAUUUCACCGAAGAAGAACAAAUGCUCAGCAAAAGAAUAAUGAAAGUUUGGGGCAAUUUUGCCAGAACUGGAAUACCUCAUGAUGAUGAUGACAACGCAUUCACCUGGUCUCCAUACACUGAUCAAGAACAAAACUACGUAGUGAUGAAGACUGGAAACUGGGAAGUUCAAAGAAAUUUAUAUUCUAGACGUUGCCACUUUUGGAAUUCCUUCCUUCCCAAACUUGUGGAUAAAGUUGGUAAAAGCUUUGACGGAAAUUUAUGGAGUUAUUCUCUGAAUACUGAACAAUCGUGCCGAAGGGAUGCCCAUCCAGAAGAGUCGUCUGAUUCCUGUCAAUCUGUUUAGUUCUAUAGACCAAAAGAUCCCCCGAUUUUAAU